AUGUCCGCCAACGACCCCAACCUGAGCGAUGCGGAGAAGCGUCUGGCACGCCUCGGCGGCUCUGUCUCGCAGGAGCCCCGGGCAGCCUCCCCGCAGACCCCAUCAGAGGAGCAGGCUCAGUCCGGCAGCUCGACCCCUCACGUCCCCCCGUCGUCUGGCUCGCGUCUCCUCUCUCAGGCUAUCCCGUCGCCAGCGCGCGUGCCCUCGCCAGCUGCCAAGCCGGCGGCUCCCCCCGCGCCCAAGCCUACACCCGCCCCCGCCACCCCCAAGGCGUCCCCUUCACCGAAGCCUACUGCGCCCAGCGGACCGUCCAGGAGCUCUUCCACCAGCACUCCCGUGCAGUCCAAGCCUCGCCCCGCCGCCUCGUCCCCCGUCAAGCCUACGCAGAGCUACGCAGACUGGGAGGCGCAGGCCGUCGGCAAGGUCUUCAAUGUCACUCUUGACGCUGAGGCGUCCGACUGGAAGAAGACAUGGCUGAAGGAGCUUCGCAGCGAAAUGCAGGAGGAGAACCCUGGUAUGUGUGCAGAGCUGUGUACUGGCUUGUCUCAGCUGACGGACAGCCUCCACGCCAAUGGUGUCCCUCGAGUCGCGCGACCGUCUACUGAUCGCUCUGACGACCCCGACCAACUCACUGUCCUGGCGGGCAUGCCCGAGGGCGAGACUGUGUUCGAAUAUCUGACCGGAUGUUGGAAGCGACUGAAUGGCGUCAACCGCGAGAUGUCCAGGUUGGGCUACAGCAAGGAGGAGAAGGCCAAGUGGCACGAGGCGUACAACGAGCUGAAGCGAUUGAUCAUCUCCUACAGUGGCAUGACUCUGGAGGACCCUACGAUCAAACCCGUUGGGCCGGCCGAGUUCCUUCCCCUGUUGCUGGGUGUUUCGGGAACAGGUGCUGCCGGCGAUCCGUUGACCUCGUCUGCGCCGCAGCCCGUGGUCCAGCGCAACCCCAACGCGCUUGCACCGGCAGACCUCCUGCCCUUCCUCAACGACCUUGCGACCGGCUUCCCCGAGGGCGGCAUGGCGGACGUGAUCACGCCGACUCUGAGCCUGUUCUUCCAGGAGUGGUUCAAGAUCACGCCGACACCAGACCUUCUCGGCCAGGACUGGCAGAAGUACCUCGGCGCCAUGACGCUUCUGGUGCAGGUCAAGGCGAUCGCUGCCAUUCCGCAGAUCUGGAAGACGUACUUCUCCAACCCUACGGAGCGGAAGACGGCGGAUAUUGACGCCAACAAGUCCAACCUUCGCCACGGCCUCGGGGCUCUGCAGAAUGGUCUGUUCACCCUGUACAACGCCAUUGUCCGUGCCUCACCCGAGUCACGAGAAGGCGCUCUCGACUUCUUCGCCAAGGUCGUGUCCUUGAACGUGAAGCGAGCGGGCAGUCAUAUUGACAAAGUCGACCCCGAGUACUACCGUCACUCCAAGCGUCUCGACGUCUCAGAAGAGACCAAGAUCCACGCCGAGAAAGCUGAGGCGGACGAGUACUUCGGCCAGGCUAUGGAUACUGACUCGAAGCCCGGCUUCAUUCCUGACAUCUUCUACCUGCUGAACCACGUGCACCACCUUGGUACGAUCAAGACGAUCAGCACCCGCACUAAGCUGGAGCGCAACAUCAGCGAUAUCGAGAAGGAGUUGAAGCGUCUGGAGGGGAUGAGGGGCCAGUGGGCUGGUAACCCUACCGCCGAGGCGCAGGGCGAGGCUGCCAUCAAGAAGUACAAGGGCGACCUUGCAACGAUACACGCCUCCAUCCAUGCCUAUGACACCCAGCUGCUCGACCCGGCCAUGGUGCGCCUCAACGUCAGCUUCUGUGGCUUCCUCAUGAACUGGCUCCUCCGUAUGGUCGACCCUGAUCAUGCCCAUCCUCAGAAGCCCAUCGCGUGGGUUGCUCACUGGAUCUCCGCAACUGACAACUGCAGUCUCCCGCUUUCGUCCGAAUCGCCGGUGCAGUUCCGCAUGCUGCCCGAGUUCUUCUUUGAGAACGUCGUCGAGUACUACGACUUCCUCGCUCGCUACAGCCCGGACGCGCUUGACGAUGCCGACAAGGACAUUCUCAUCACCUUCGCCAUCGCCUUCGUGAACCCCACUCAUGUCAACAACCCCUUCCUCAAGGCCAAGCUUGUAGCGGCGCUGGCUAAUGGCCUGUACCCCGUCGGAUACUGGCGCAAGGGACCUCUUUUCGACCGCCUGAGCACGCACCCGCAAUCUACUGCUCACCUCAUGCCCAUGAUCCUCCGCUUCUGGAUCGACGUCGAGUCCACCGGUGGUCACACGCAGUUCUGGGUCCAUGUGGACGAAUCCGCUGCACCCGACAACCUCGACCAGUUCAUCAAGUUUGUCAACAUGCUCAUGAGCGACACGACGUUCCACCUGGAGGAGUCCCUGACGAACUUGGCGGCUGUGCACAGUUUACGUGCAGAGAAGGAGGACGAGGAGAGCUGGAACGCCAAGACGCAGGCGGAGAAGGACGACACUGAGUCGCAGCUGCGCCAGGCGGAGCAGCAGGCGCCGUACCACACGCACAUGGGUCUCGACCACAUCGAGCUCAUCCGCGAUAUCACUGCGACGGAGAAGGAGCCCUUCCUCGUCGGCGAGAUCGUCGACCGUCUGACCGCUUCCCUCGACGAGAGUCUCGCAACGCUCGUCGGCCCCAAGAUGCAGGAGCUCAAGCUGAAGGACCCGGAGCGCUUCGGUUUCAAGCCGAAGCAGCUGCUGGCUGCUCUUGCGCAGAUUUACCUGAACCUGGGCUCGGAGCAGGACUUCAUCCGUGCUGUUGCGAACGACGGCCGCUCGUACUCGAAGGAGGUGUUUGAGCGCUUCGCGCGGAUCCUCAAGAACCGCGCGAUCAUGACCGACGGCGAGGUGCAGGAGAUUGUUGCGUUCACGCAGCGCGUCGAGGACGCCAAGGCCACGAUCGAGAUUGAGGACGAGCGCGAGAUCCCCGACGAGUUCCUCGGUGAGUUUGAAAAGAGUAGUCCCAAACUGACGAUCCCAGACCCGCUGCUCGCUACUCUCAUGAAGGACCCUGUGAUCCUGCCCGUGUCGCGCGUCACAGUCGACCGGAGCACGAUCCGUGCGGCUUUGCUCUCGAAGGAGCUCGACCCCUUCAACAACGUUCCGCUCAAGUACGAGGACGUCAUUCCCAACGACGAGCUCAAGGCGCAGAUCGACGAGUGGAUCGCGCAGGGCAAGGUCGCCAAGCCGCAAGAGGUCAAGAUGGACCUGGACGUUUAG